AUACAGGUACUGUGGUGAACUGGUCGAUUGUGAAGGAAAUUCUACAACUAUAUAUUAUACUCUCGACACCUCAUUCCUGAUGGAAUCCAACGCCACGAGAUUAAGAAAGAUGGGUGGCAGGUUGACAAAUAAAGACAUGGACCAGUUGGAACAAUGGAUAGGUACAGGUCCUAAAUCAUUCACACUGCUCUAUGCUAUCACCAGAGAUGGAUGCAAUGCUACCACCUUUCAUCAGAAAUGUGACAACCAGGGUGCUACUGUAACAGUGCUAUAUAAUCCACAUGGGUCUGUGUAUGGAGGUUAUACAAGUGAGAGCUGGGCUAACAAUGGCGGUUACAGAGAUGAUGCCGAUGCAUUCUUAUAUCAGCUUUAUUACAGUAAAAAUCCUCAAUGCACGAAAUUUCCAUACAAUUAUGAUGGAAACGCUACAUAUACUGCAGGGUUUGGGCCAACAUUUGGUAGUAAUCACGACUUAGAAACUUUUCAGGGAACGAUAAAGAAAACUCAACACUUCUUUGCACUAAACGGUUACAUGAGCAUCGGCGGUAGUUACGACAGUCAGGGUAUAAGUGUGAACCAGAUCAAUAACGGCACCAUGAAUGUUACUGAGCUUGAGGUGUAUAGAGUUGCAGAUGGCCAAAGAAGAAUAGUGCCGAAUAAGCCAUGGCGUAAAACGAAACGUUGGAACAAAAGGUUCUUACAUGAACUCACCGAAGACAUAGUUUCCUUCAAACCAAUUCCCAAUUUAGAUGUCACAGAAGCUAGAAUCCUGAUGAUUGGUCCUGUUGGAGCUGGAAAGUCAAGUUUCUACAACACCAUAAACUCCAUAUUCCGAGGCCGCAUUACACAGAGAGCAAAUAGCGGCAGUGCAGAACAAAGUCUUACCACGGCUUAUACCCCAUACUUUGUGCGUGAACGAUCUGGGGCUAAUCAAAAUUUCUUGUUGUGCGACACACGCGGUUUGGAAGAAGCUCAAGGUUUAGAUGUUCUUGAAUGCAACUAUCUUCUGGAAGGAAAUGUGCCAGAAUAUUAUCAGUUCAAUCCUGCUUCUCCUAUAUCUGAAGAUACUGACGGCUUCGUGAGAAAUCCAACUCCUAAUGACAAAGUACAUUGUGUUGUUUUUGUAAUGGAUUCUACCACACUUGAAGUUUUACCAACAAAAAUCAUACAGAAAAUGAAAAGUUUUCAGUCACUCAUGAAUCAAAAAGGUAUACCUCAAGCACUUCUUCUAACCAAGAUCGACAAACUGUGCAAAGAUGUUCAGAAUGACGUAUCUCAAGUUUUCAGAAGCAAAACGGUAGAAGAACAUGUCGAGAAAGCAUCUCAACUACUUGGUCUACCACGCGGCAACGUACUUCCGGUGAAGAACUACGAAAAUGAGAUGCAGCUUGAAGAUACUAUCAGUAUCUUGGCACUACUUACUCUGCGGCAGAUUUUGUAUUUCACGCAGGAUUACAUGGAAAACAUGAUGGACAAGAUGGCUGUCGUACGAAGGAAGAUGGAGAAGGUCAAUGUUAAAAAUUAAUCGAAACAUGUCUAGCUUGUAUACCACUGAAUGACUCCGACGCAGAAACGUAGAUCGCCAUAAUAACUAGUUCAUGUGUAUUGUACAUACAACAAGCUUGUGUGUCUGUAAGAACAAACAAUUAUGUAGCAGUCAUUUCACAAAAAUAUAUCUGUCAUGAAAUAUUACUUGUUGAAAAAAAUCAAAUGCCACAUUGCAGAUAUACUUUCUUCAAUGAAACGUUGUGUAUAUAGUGGCAGUUUUUAGGUAACUUGAAGAUUUAUCAAUGUCUUAGCUCUACUUUCUCUACAAUAGUAGAUUUUUUAUUUCGAGAAACAUUAAAGGUCAGCUGGUCACUGCACGACAGAAGAUAGAAUAGACCAACAAAAGAAUGUAGCUGGAAUAAUAUCGGGAUAAUGUAAAAAAUGUCUAGGCUUUCAAAUCAUAUAGAGACAGAUGGAGAACUUUUAUCAGUUACUCAAAAUAUACCUGUUGAGUAACUUCUUUUUGUGAUCAUUAGGCAAACAUGCGAGAUUGAUUAGUUGCGUAUUGCUUCAGCAGGUCAUUGAAGAGGCAAAAUGCAAAUUUGUUUUACCAUAGAGAGAUUUUUUUUGUAAUAUUUUUGUUGGAAAUGAUGACUUAUCUUCAAACUAUAUACAAUGUACUAUGACGCUUAUUCAUGACUUGUAUAACAUAUAGUUAUUCAAACGAAGAUUCUAACAUACCCCGAUUUGUUUUCCUAUUAAACAAAGAAGGCUGAAAACUGUGAUAUUAUUCAACAAUUCACUUUUCUGACCUCACAAUUAAUACGUCAUGACGUUAGACGGCGACAUAGCGGCACGCUGGAAAAGAAAUCGACAGAAAUCAGGCAAAUAUUCGACGGGUAUCGGCAAGGACGUACAUGAUAAUCCUUGUUAACGUGUUAGAAUCGAAAUAAUAUAUCUCAAUUUGACAAACAGUGAUUUGUGCGUAAAUAAAAUCAUUCUUUGUCGUUUAGAUGCGUAUCAUAUCACUCGAGCUGCGCACUCGUGAUUUAAUUCCUUCGCAUCUAAACUCCAAACAAUGAUUUUAUUAAACGACAAAUCACUGUUUCGGAUAUAUUAUAUUUUAAUUAAUUAUUUAUUAUUAUUCGUUUAUCCGUUUGCAUGAUGUUAAUUUGUCAAACACGUUCUAUAUAACAUUUUAAUUUUAAACCUUUUCAAGCAAAAAUAGAUUUUAUCAAAAUGCCCCAUCGGUCUGCAUUGACAUUGUAAAUGAUAUCCUUUCGAAUAGUAAUAAUCUUGCAAAACAAUGCAUUCAGAUAAAGUUUUAAUCCUUA